CAACAAUCACCCCUCACCACCGGAUUAUGUCUUCGACCAUGGUAAAUCUCGCUUCACGGGCGGGGAACGAAGCCCUCAGCGUUAACCCCACUGUUGCCGACAUCGACAUCACGACAGCGGCAUCCGACUUUCUCUGGAUGAUCUUUUGCGUCAUGGCCGCCACGACCUUGGGAGUGGCAUUCUGGGCCGGAUUCACCGUCCCCCGUGGCAACCGCACCUUCCACAAUCUCACCGUCAUGAUCACUGCCACGGCCUCGAUCGCCUACUUCUGCAUGGCUUCGGACCUCGGUGGGACGCCAAUCCCAGUCGAGUUCAGAGCCGGCGAUCUGCGCAGCGCUACCGGCGGCACACCCACCCGUUCCAUUUGGUACGCCCGCUACAUUGACUGGACCAUCACCACGCCCCUCCUUCUCCUAGAGCUGCUUCUGGUCACGGGACUGCCCCUGAGCGACAUUGUCAUCACCAUCUUUGCCGACCUCGUCAUGAUCAUCACUGGUCUCAUUGGCAGUCUCGUUUCCUCGACGUACAAGUGGGGUCUCUUCACCAUCGGCUGCUUCGCCAUGUUCUACGUCUUCUACAUGCUCUACGGACCCGCCCGAGCCUCUUCUAAGCAGCUGGGAUCCGAGCUUUCCCGCACAUACCUCAUUGGAGCCAGCAUCCUCAGUUUCCUUUGGUUCCUCUACCCCAUUUGCUGGGGCCUCGCGGAUGGCUCCAACACGAUCAGCCCCACGGGCGAGAUGGUCUUUUACGGUGUUCUUGAUCUCCUCGCCAAGCCCGUCUUUGCCAUCAUCCACCUCGUUUCGCUCCGCGGCAUUGAUUACUCUGCUCUCCAGCUCUCGUCUGGGAAGUAUUCCGAGUUCGCCCAUUCCAGCUCCCUUGAAAAGGGCGGCGCAGCAGCUGCUGGCACCGGCGCUGCCAAUCACCGUCUCUCGGAAGCCACCGUGGCCCACCACCCCACGACGACGGAAAAGAACGGCGAAACGGCUCGCGCCGCUCCCGAGACUCACAACGAUCAGACCACCCUCGACGGCCACUAAAUUCUUUUACAGUCAAGUCUGCU